UGUGUUUUCAUAUUUCUCAAUGUUCUCACACUUUCAAAGAAUAUAUUAGCUUAGUCACUUACUUAUUUUUUUUUACAAAACAAAGUAUCGGAGUCUUGAAAGUUGAAUCCAUAUUAUUGUAAAUUUACAUAAGAGUUUGUGAUUACAUAUUUAGUGAUUCUUGUAUAUGUGUCCAAGAAGGUUUCAAUGGCUUAGUGGUAUAUGCUUUAUAUUUAUGUCGUACUAACCCGGGUUCGAUCCUUUCCUUUGCAUUGUUUUUUCAUUUUUUACGAAAAAAUAAAUGAGAUGACGUGGCAAAUUCGGACUCUCUGAUUGGACAAUUUUUUUAUGCUUACGUGGACACCCUAAGAGGAGCUUAUAUCCCCUUUUUAGUAUAGUAUAGAUGAGAAUUUAUGGUUAGAUACCACUAGACGAUCUUUUGAAUGGUUUUAGCUACACCAAUUGAAUCUUUCAUAUAAACUUAUUUUUAUUAAUCUAUGUAAAUAAUAAUUAAUUGUAUUUUCUUAAGACAAAUAGAACCCUAAACUUCAAAGUUUGAGAUAUUAACAAUAUUUCAUUAACCACUUGAAGAAAUAAAAUUCCACCUAAGCUUAUUAGUGAUAAGUCUAACUCACACCCAAAAGCUAACUAAAAAGUGAAGAAUUUCUCAUGCAUAUAUAUAUUACCCAAAGAUCACAUAUGUGUCCGAUGUGUUGGGACAUAUUAAUAUCCCUUUUCGAGAUGUGGGUAGAAAACGGUCCAACGGAAACAACUCAAGCUCAUAAGCUCUGAUAUCAUAUUGAUGACGAGCCUAACUCACACACAUAUAUAUUGCCCAAAGAUCACAUAUGUGUCCGAUGCGGGACAUAUAAAUAAAGCUAAUAGUUUAGCUAUGGAAAUAUGUAAGGAUCAGCGUUGCAAUUUUGUAGCUAAUUUUCUACUUUGGAGUUUGACAUUUUAAUAAUCUUCGAAUACAUUUAACGCUUUCAUAAAUUUAACAACGUUAUCGCUUUCUUAUCAGCCCAUAAUUUGUCAAAAAUCUAAGUCCAGUUAUUACUGAUAGGCCCACCCGAUUUGUAAUUUAAAUUUAAAUGGCUUGGUUUUCUUUAAGUUUGGUUAUGCGUUUACAUAUUCAUAUGAAAUUUUUUUCGUCCAAAUGAAAUCAAAGUAUUAACAUUUAAUAAUUUAAGCAACUUUUUGUAAAGUCUAAACAAAAACGGAACGUUACUCGCACCCUAAAACUGUGUACACCUGCUUUCCUUGCUCAAGUACCUCGUUGCCACACUAGAAAGAGCCGGCUUCAACAAGAAAAACCAAUCGGGGCUCGAUCUUAAAACUAGAUCUGCCGCCAUCCUAAGGUUUUAACAUAUCGGAGAUGAGAAAAACAAAUACGAGUAGCAAAAGGGAAACCAAGAUAAGGAAAGAAGAAACACCGGCAGUAGUGCUGUGAACAAUUAACCGAUUGUCGGAGGAGAGUGGAACGCACAAAACAGAGUGUAAGGAGGAAAAAAGGUUUAGAGAGAGAGCCACUUAAUCACACAAGUAAUAAAAUGGGCAUAUACUGAUCAGAGAGCAUGUCCACGUAGGACAUUAAAAUCGUCCAAUAAGAAGUUGUUUAUUUGACACGUCAGCUGGGCUUCCCUUUUAAAAAAAAAAAACGAUCGUGAAAUGAUGUUGGGCCACAAAACCCAUCAUAAUUGAGAGACGGAUACACGAGAUUAAUCCGACUCGAGCUCACCUUCUUCAGAUCUUCAAACCCUGAUUCUCUGAUCGAUACGGAACCUUUGCUCUUCCUCUUCUUUGUUCCGUUUGAUGAUUUCAUCCUCGAACAUUACUACCUCCUCCACUUCGUCUCUCUUUAAUCUCAUUAAUGGAUUCACUUUCUUUUUCUCCUUCAGAUUUUGUUUAUAAAACUCUCGAUCUGAGUUUUAUUCUGAUCAGAUUUUGUUCUACAGUUUCAUUACUACAUCGCAAUUGCAAUGAGUUCCAACGGAGAAACCCGUUCGGAGAAACCAAAAGGCGUUGAUCCUGACUCCUUUCCCGGACCGAUUAAGCCCACCGGUACAACCUAUGUCUCCUCCAGCCUCUCUAACGGCGAUCCCCACUCGAAGAAAGCCAAAAGCGAAGCGUCUGUCUCAUCCGGUCUGACCAAACCCAGCGGAAAGGCCGGUGUUUCUUCCGGGCUCUCGAUCGGCGUGUCUAAUUCGAAGAACCCCGAAUGUAAGAACCUGAUCUUUUGGUUAUCAAAAUUAUAUACUCGGUCUGAUUACCGAAAAAUAUAGAGUAUGAAGCUUUGUGAUCUAAAACAAUGAGAUGAACAAACUAUAUAUUUUUUAUUGUUGUUCGUUUUGUUAUCAAAUCAUAGAAUCCGUUUGAUCACCAGAACAGUUAUUGAGUCUAAAGCUUCGUGAUUUAAGACACUGAUAUGAACAAUUUUUUUUUAUUAUAUUGAUAGUUUAGUCUACAGAAAAAUAAACGCAUUGAUGAAUUCAACGCUCAUAUUCCUCUGCAGGUACGAAGACCAGUGUCUCUUUGGGCGUUAGAGGCAAAGCCGCUGUCUCCUCUGGCGCCAAGGGAAAAGCCAUUGUCUCCGCCAAAGCUGUGGAAGUGAUGUCUUUCAAGGAUGUGAAAUUCGGACCUCAUGGAUGCGAGUUGAGAUUUCGGUUGAUCCAUUUUUGGGAAGCUCGAAAUGUUGUGACGAAGAUGCUUAUUGGUCUCGAGAUGCUUCUCAUCGACCAAGAGAUAUAAACCGAAUUCUCUUUUGCGGUUUAGUUUUAAAAAAUUGUUUAGUCGAGAUGCUAUUAAAUCGUUUUAUAUUUAAACUUAGUGUUCUAUUCUUUGGUUCUUUUAAUGAAUUUGUACCAAGUUUUUGCUAUUGGUAAUAGAACCAUAACUUUAUUUCUGUUGUUGAUGCAUUGCGGUUUGAAUAUCUUUAAUGUUUGUGUUUAUUUUUCUAAGAUUUUCUGUCUAGCUUCCUAAUUUAAUUUCUCUAUUGUUGAUAACAGGAAACUGUUAUACAGGGCUUCAUUCCAGCUGGGAGGAUAGAUACUUAUCUGCCACACAUGAAAGUUGGUGGAAUUUACAAGCUUAACAGUUUUUACGGGUCUAAUAACAAGACUUUGUAUCGGGUGGCUGAACCAAGUGUCACCAUCACCUUCUCAUCGUCUUCUGUCCUCUCUGAUCUAGAGGACAGUUCGGUUUGUUUCCCUGAGGACCGUUUCCGGUUCCAUGGAUAUGAGGAGUUCGAUGCUGCAUGCGACUUGAGAGGGGAUCUCUAUGGUAAGCUCUCACUGUUGUAUAUUAUAAUGUUUAAUCUAACUUUAGAUGAUGUGUUUAACUCAAACUAAUAUAUUCAGCAUUGUUUGGGUAGGAUAAUGUUCUGGUACAUUCUUAGAUAUUAAGGUUUCAUGGUGGGUUUAUAAGAUAUAAAGCACUAAGUUUGAUUGUUUAUUUUGCAGAUUAUGUUGGUCACAUCAAGCUCGUGAAUGGGCAGGUUCUCAAUGACAGUCUCGUGCUAGAUGAUGCCGAUAUAGCUUCAUCCCGCCGAGUUUUGCUUCAUGUUCAAACACACGAGUAAGCUAAUCUGUAUCUUUUUCAUAAUCAUAUAUUGACACUCUUAACAAACAUUUUUUGAUGUUAUAGUGGUCCAGUGAUGAAGUUGUACCUCUGGGACAAGGUUGCCUCUGAUUUUAAUGGAAAAUUUAAAGCAUCUGGUGGAGCUGCAAGUGUUAUUUUGGUCACCACCUUAAACCCGAAACGUUUUGGAGGUUCGUAUCAUCAGCUUUUUCCUAUGUUUUAAGAAGUUACAUAUGAUGGUCAAUGGAUCUUAUCUGGUUAGUUAGCUUUGAGUAAUAGAGCUGCAUUUGAAUGAAUUUGGCUUAUUAGCUAUAAGACAUUUGAAAACAUUUGUGAGGAAUUAAGAGAUAUACAUAAUUCUACAUCUCAUUUUACAUUAUAAUUUAGCAUUUGUAUUAUAAGAUUGGAUAUGUUAUAGGUGUCCUAACUCUCUCAUCUAUGACGUCAUCACGGGUAUUUCUGGAUAGUGAUGUUCAAGCAACCCGAGAUUAUCUCACUUGGUUGAACUUAAACAUAGCUGUUGCUAACAAAGUUGAUGCGGAAGUUGUCACUAAGCAUGAGACAGUGACCAUAGGCAAGCUCUUCUCCUAUAUGAAGCAGGAAGCUGUCAAGGUUGCUUGGUUUGAGUGCAUAGCAACUGUUGGUGAUGUUGUGCACGGAUCAGGAUGGUAUUACAUAGGUUGUGGUGGGGGUCACACUAAAGCAACCAAAGGACCUACCACCCUAAUGUGUAAAGAAUGUGGGAAGAGUGAUAUUGUUGGUGUUGCACAGUACCUAGCCAAGAUAUCUGUGUGUGACAAUGAUGAUCAGGCGUGUUUUGUGCUCCUUGGUGAUGCUGGUCAGGACUUGACUGGCAAGAGAGCUUCUGAGUUGGUUGAUAGUUAUUUCGAGGCGAAUGAAAAUAUGGGAGAUGAUCACUUGGUUCCGGUGCCUCAAGCUCUGAUCAAUACCAUAGGCCAGACUCGCAAGUUCAUUGUGAAGGUAUCAACUCACAAUUUGACUGGCAAGACCCAAAGUUUGACUGUGACAAAGGUGCUCAUUCCAGAAGAUCCAGAAAUUGAAGGCAAUGUAGAAAAUGUGACUGUAACAGAUGCCCAGAAAACUUUGCAGAAUGAAGUUGCUGAGGAUGGUCCUUCCACACGCUUUGAAGAAUCUGGUGGUGAGAGGGUGAAAAGGGCUGCUGAUAAUGUUGAGGCAGAAGAUUCAAAGCAAGCCAAAUGUGGCUAGGAUGUGUGUAAGUGAUGGGUUUAUGGUGACUAAGAGUUUAUGCUUUGUUUCUUUCCAAUUUAAGACUUUAUCUUUGCAAUAUUGAACUAUCUCUCUUAUAAACUUUGUUGGUUAAACUUAUGUUUAGUAAUUUCUUUCUUAUGUUUGAUGAUUUAGUUUGCUGGCUGUGAUGCGUUUUGAAUUUAAUUGAAGCUUUUGGCUUUUUAGUGUGUUGUAUAUUGUAUAUAGGCUUUGCCGUAUGUUAUGAAAUAAAUCUGAUUUUGUAUCAUUUUUAGCUAUUUUACGUGUCUAUGAUAUGGGCCGAGUAUUGACUUAAUGCAAUGCAUUGCGAUCCACACAUUACAUUUGCUUUAAAAUUAUGAUCUGGGCAAAUGAUAAGACUAAUAAUGGACACAACUAAAUAUCAUUAGUUACACUUACAAGAUUAAUGAUGUAUUUUCCUUCUUAUUUAAAUUAUAGUAGUUACUUCUUUUUAAAGGAUGUAAGUUCAUUUUUUUUGCAACUUAAAAGGAAAAUAUAGAGUGAACCUAUAAACAUCUAUAUGUGGUACAUUAGUAUUUCUCCACUUUGCAGAAAAUUGGACUUAAAAAUAGAAAGUCGGGUUUCUUGCAAUCUAAGGGAUUUAUAGUGACAACUUGAUUAUUUUAACAAAUAGGUUAAGACUGUUUGUUUAAAAUGGACUAUAUACUCCGGCUGUUCCAAGACUCAUUAACAUCAUUAACAUGAUAACCUUUUUCUAUUCGAAUUAAUUAAUUUUAAUUUUUUGUUUUUAAAAUUUAUAUUUAAAAUUUAAAAUCUUUAAAUUUAUAGGCAAAUAAACCGCGUGUAGCGCGGUUAAACCCUAGUUUAUUUUAAUAGUGAACUAGGUUGGUUUAACAUGUAUUAUCUACAAAUUUGUACGGAUUUAUUCACUUUUUUUUGUCACGAAUACACAUUUAUUCAUUAAAAGCCAAAAAUUUGUAUAAUUUUCUUCAUACCUCUACUUUCUUACAACAUGGGGCUACACAAUAUAUGUAGGCACUAGGCAAAGGAAUUAAAAUUCAUUUUUAUCACAAAUAUUCGCAUUCAAUUCUGGUUUCAAAUUGUAGAAUAUACUAUACCAUCUCUAUAAGCCAAUGACCCGAACGCCUAAGUAAAUUGAAGUUUAUUCAAAGUUAGGCAAACGUUAUGUUUGUCAAAUCGUAGACAACAAUCACAAUCACCCAUCGAUUUAUUUGCCAUCUAACGUAGAACAAAACCCCUAUAAUAUACUAUCCUUUAAGAUGUGUUUUUACCACUUUAUUGUAGAUGAUUUAUAUGAUAUAUCUCAUGUAUAUUAAAAUAGAAUGUUCACACACUAAUUGACACGUGACAACAUUAUAGUCAUUUAAAAAUUAGAAUGUUGACGUGACAGUUUCACAAUCAUUUAAAAAUUAAUGUCUUUCCACAUAAUUUUUCUAAACUCCAACACAGAUAAUAUAAUUUGUUCACAGACUAUUUGUUUUAAUAAGCUCAUUUUUUAAUUUCUGCAUUUUUAAUCUUUGUAUUAAUAAAUUGAAGUUCUCUCUGUGCAACUAAUGAAUAAUAUCAUUAUUGAAUUUUUUUUACAAAAUCAUUAUAAUUCACGUCAACUAAAAUGCUAGAAUGAAAAUGCUUUUCGAAAAUUGAAAGUUCCGUACCUUGCCAAACUUGACCAUUGUUCAACCUUACGUACACGAAUGCAACAAAUAAUGUUGAUUGGUUAUGAAUUAAGGAAACUGAGGUAAAAAACACCACACACAAAAUCAAAACUUUAGUUUAGCCAAAUGUUACUUUUCUUUAAAAAAUUUUCAUAUUAGACCAAGAAUUAGAAAUAUAAUCAAAUUGUUAAAAAAAUCAGAAAUUAAGAAAGCUUUAAAAGAAAAAACAAUUCGUGAAAUCGAUUGAAAAAAAAAUUAAGGUGCCAAGUGAAGAGACCACAUUAUGUUCGACGCAAUCCUAAACCUCUUUCACUCGAUUGUAUUAUGUUUUUAUUAUAUUUUCAAGAAUUUUUUAUAAGAAGGUACACUUUAUUAGUUAUAAAAUACGUCAAUUUUACAACAUGCCCAACAAUAUUGACAUGACGCUUAACCGUUUUUAUUGGUAUCCUUAAGGUAUGGUCUAAUGAUAAUGUAUGUAAAAUAAGCCCAAAAUAUUUGUUUUACAUUUAUUUUAUUUUUCUUUAUAUUAAUAGAAGAAAGUAAAUCUAGGUAAAAUAUUUGGAUCCAAAGAACCGAAUUCUAUUUGAAAGUAAUACUAAACACAAACCAAAACUCAUUAAAUAAUCAAAUGAAUCUAAAAUUUUAAUAUAU